AUGGUACAGUCGAAGAAGUUCAGAGGUGUCAGGCAACGCCAUUGGGGUUCUUGGGUCGCUGAGAUUCGUCAUCCUCUCUUGAAAAGGAGGAUUUGGCUUGGGACGUUUGAGACAGCAGAGGAGGCAGCAAGAGCUUACGACGAGGCAGCCGUUUUAAUGAGCGGCCGCAACGCCAAGACUAACUUCCCCCUCAACAACAACACAGGAGACACAUCAGAGGGCAAAAACGAAAUUUCAUCAUCUUCAUCUUCAUCACUCUCUUCCAUCCUCAGCGCUAAACUGAGGAAAUGCUGCAAGUCUCCUUCUCCUUCCCUCACCUGCCUCCGUCUUGACACGGCCAGCUCCCAUAUUGGAGUCUGGCAGAAACGUGCCGGUUCCAAAUCUGAUUCUAGUUGGGUUAUGACGGUGGAGCUUGGUCAAGCUGGCUCCUCCCAGGAGCCAACUAAAAACGCUACACAAGACGAUGUUGGUCCAGCCACUGAGGUUGGCGGAGGAGGAGGAGGAGAAGGUGUAAUGGACGAGGAAGAGAAAGUUGCUUUGCAGAUGAUAGAGGAGCUUCUCAAUACAAACUAA